UCAGAUAACAAACUAACCACCAUCCCUAAUGCUAUUGGGGAGAUGGUGCAGCUGGAGAGACUGGGGCUGAGUCACAACCAGUUGACUGUGUUGAGUCCAGCUAUAAAACAGCUGAAGAAACUCAAAUGGCUGGACAUCUCACAUAACAAUCUAACCACCUUCCCUGAUGCUAUUGGGAAGAUGGUGGAACUGGAGAGACUGGAGCUGAGUCACAACCAGUUGACUGUGUUGAGUCCAGCUAUGAAACAGCUGAAGAAACUCAAAUGGCUGGAAAUCUCACAUAACAAUCUAACCACCAUCCCUGAUGCUAUUGGGGAGAUGGUGGAGCUGGAGAGACUGGAGCUGAGUCACAACCAGUUGACUGUGUUGAGUCCAGCUAUAAACCAGCGGAAGAAACUAAUAUAUUUGGAUGUGAGAGGGAAUCCUUUUACAGUUGAAGGAAUGAGAAGUGUUAUGGAGCUAAAGGAUAAGAUUGUAUUCCAAACAAUGAAUUAUUUUCCCAUGAAUGAAAUGGAAUUUCUUUUUGAAGAAGGGUUAAGAAGAAAGGUGUUACCAUCUUUGGGAGGAAAGAGUUUAUAUCUCGGUGGGCAAAGUUUGCAUGAAUUGCCUGCAGCUUUGUUUGAAUUGACUGAGUUGGAGGAACUUUACCUGUCAAAGAAUAAACUUACAACAAUACCUGAAAGUAUCGGAAAACUAAAGAAUCUUGUGGUACUUGAUAAGGUGGAGCUGGAGAGACUGGGGCUGAGUGACAACCAGUUGACUGUGUUGAGUCCAGCUAUAAAACAGCUGAAGAAACUCAGAGAGCUGGACAUCUCAUAUAACAAACUAACCACCAUCCCUGAUGGUAUUGGAGAGAUGGUGGAGCUGGAGGGACUGGGGCUGAGUGGCAACCAGUUGACUGUGUUGAGUCCAGCUAUAAAACAGCUGAAGAAACUCAGAGAGCUGGACAUCUCAUAUAACAAACUAACCACCAUCCCUGAUGGUAUUGGAGAGAUGGUGGAGCUGGAGGGACUGGGGCUGAGUGGCAACCAGUUGACUGUGUUGAGUCCAGCUAUAAAACAGCUGAAGAAACUCCGGGCACUAUACAUAUUGGUGCACAAUCUCAGCAAGCCUUUGGAUGCCCCAGCUGAGCCCUGCAUGAGACAAGGGAGAAAUGAUGUGAAAUUGGAAAACCCUAACAAUGAAACAAACAUGGAAAAUUUGCUGUCAUGGUUGGCUACAGUACAUAGGGUUGCCCUGGCAACUGAUGACACAGAUGAUGAUGCCCAACAAAAGCUGCCCUACCUCCGCCCCCCAGUGUUCAUUGUUGGCACAUGCUGA